AGUAUCUUACAGAGAUUUUUUCAUUUGAAAGGUAAGUUGCCUCUCUCUCUCUUGUUUCCUACCUUCCGCUUUUCUCUCCUUCUCUUCCUGUUUUCUUCCCAUUAGUCCUAUUUCCCCUCAGUCAUAUUCAGAGGACUAGUAUUCAAUAUGGAAGAAAAGUCCGGCCCAGUGACAAGCUAUCCUGGGGAGUCGGGAAGACCAACCACAGGAUAUGGUGAAAAAGAUCUUCCAUCCUACCAUGGCGAUGAUAGCCAGUCGGAAGCACUAGUCCUCGAAAAUGCCGACGGACUCAAACGUCGACUUUCUGGGAGACAAAUUCAAAUGGUUACAAUUGGUGGUUCAAUCGGUACAGCUUUAUUCGUAUCCAUUGGAUCUGGGCUUACACAAGGUGGACCGGGAUCUUUAUUCAUUGCUUUCAUCUUAUACAGUUGUUUUCUUGGAUUAGUAAAUAAUUGCAUGGCCGAGAUGUCCAUUUUCAUGCCGGUCAGUGGGAGUUUUGUGAGGAUGGGGAGUAAAUGGGUUGAUGAAGCCUUUGGGUUUAUGUUGGGGUGGAAUUUCUUCCUUUAUGGUGAGUAGGAUUCAAUGACCCGUGCGGGAUUGUGAAUUAUGUGAAUAAAGUGCUAAUAAGAAUCUGAAUCAAGAGGCUAUAUUGAUUCCCUGGGAAAUUAGCGCAUUAAAUUUGGUGUUGACCUUUUGGAGGUGUGUAUCUCCAGCUCUUUCCUCAAUCAAUGGCCAAGCUUGAGUAAAUCUGACAUAUUGGAACAGCGAUAAUAUACCCUUAGCAGCGGUCUGCGCUGGAUGUAUUUUUCUCUAUGGGUAAGCUUCUACUUCCGAUCCCAUGUCCAAUUUCUGACUUGGGUAGUAUCAUCAACCUGUUCGCUGUUAAGUGGUAUGGAGAGAGUGAAUUUUGGCUUUCUGGUGGCAAGGUGGUGUUAAUAGCUAUGAUAUUUUCCUUCACAUUCAUUACAAUGGUGGGAGGAAAUCCGAAACAUGAUGCUUAUGGAUUCCGUUACUGGAGAGAACCGGUAAGUCACACACUUUUCUCGGCUUUCUUUCAUACUAACCACCGAUAGGGUGCUUUUGCCGAAUAUGUUACCACUGGAACUUUGGGAAGAUUUGAAGGAUUUCUCGCCGCAUUAUGGAAAGCCGCAUUCACGAUUGUUGGUCCCGGUAUGUUAAAUCGUGCCACAAUUUUACUUAAAAUUCAUAGGCGUUUGUCAGUCUAACACUAUUCUAGAAUAUAUUGCCAUGAUGUCAGGAGAAGCCUCGCAUCCACGGAAAAAUCUCAAACGAGCUUUCAAGACAAUUUACUGGAGGUUUGGUGUCUUCUUCAUCGGAGGAGCCCUGGCAUGCGGAAUAGUCUUACCAUACAACGAUAAGAAAUUAAUAGCUAUCCUUGAAAGUGGUGGUUCAGAAACUGGAACCGCAGCUUCAAGUCCUUAUGUUAUUGCCAUGCAAAAUCUCGGAAUUGGUGUGCUGCCGCAUAUUACAAAUGCAUUACUUGUGACGAGUAUAUUUUCCGCCGGUAACUCUUAUGUGUAUGUUUUCCGUUCUUAUUUAAUAAUAUAUUGGAAUAUACUGAUUCCCUAAAGGUAUUGCGCAUGUCGUACAUUAUACAGUCUCUCACUCGAUGGUCAUGCCCCACGUUUCCUACGAAAAUGUACCAAAUCUGGUGUCCCGAUCUAUUGUUUUUGCGUUACCAUGAUCUUUCCAUUUUUAAGUUUCCUUGCUGUAGGCAGUAGUUCGGGACAAGUCAUCACUUGGCUUGCAAACCUUACCGAAGCUUCGCAAAUCAUAGAUUAUAUUUGCAUGUGUACUAUCUACAUAUUUUUCUAUCGAGCAUUGAAGGCACAAGGUAUCGAUAGAAGUACUUUACCAUACGUAGGUUGGUAUCAACCUUAUUGUGCGUGGGUUGGACUUGCGACAAUGAUCUUUACUGUUGGAUGUUAUGGAUAUACUACAUUUUUGCCUGGAUGUGAGUUUUUCUUAUUCUACUUUCCUGUAAUAUCCCCAUUAAGAAAGUACAACACUGAUCAUAAAUAGGGUGGGAUACUGGAACAUUCUUCUCCUACUAUACCAUGGUAUUCGUCUGCCCAAUCCUAUACAUAGGAUGGAAAGUCCUCAAGAAGACCAAGUUCGUCAAACCAGAAGACGCUGAUCUUAUUUGGGAAAGACCAAUUAUCGAUGCUUAUGAAGCGAGUGUAGCCGAAAAACACAUAUCAUUUUGGGCUGAAGUCAAAGUUAUGAUGGGUUUUGGAAAGAUGGAAGAGCAUCUGGAGUGAUGUAUUCAUGAUAAAGGCAAUUUCGCGAGGAUAAAGAAGAAUUACGAUCCGGGAUCGUUACUUAAAAUUUAGUAUUAGAGCAUAGAGAGUAAAUCUGUAUAUUCCAUUAGGGCAUCUUAUCAAAUACUAAUACUUUAGUGUAUAUUUGAGGAAUAUCAUCUGAGAAUUUUAAGUUAUUAUAUAUAUCUUUUUA